AUGCCCUACAAGCUCAUCAUCGCGUUUUUUCUCUUGAACCUGGCAGCAAGCAGUUUGGGAGUAGGUUAUUUCAUAAUAAAAAUCACCAUUCGUUUCAUUAAUAUGGAGCGGGGUUCUCAUACUUAACUAACAAGAAAGGUAAUCUUACUUGAAAACUUGGAGACUUUCGAAAAUUUUCUAGAGAAAUGGGACCUCAAAGUGGGAUUUUUCCAACAUUAGGGUCAUUUUUCUGGGAAAAUUAAAGAAUUUUGGAAGCUGGGACUUUCAAAAUCUUCUUCUGGUAUAUCAAUGAAUAGUCUGGCGAAUUUUCGGGAAAUUCUCAGACUAAAAGUAAAAUUACCUCCCUUGAUAACUAUGGAUCUAAUAACAAUCAAAGCAAAUUAUUUCAGCAUACCAAUGCGAAAGGAAUAGACGCCUUGAAUAAUGCGCUCUCAACAAUCCAAAUAAUCAUCAAGGAUAGGAACGAGGAAAAAUUGGGAGAAAUUUUUGACGAGAGGUCGGUAAUCAACUACCGAGGCACACUCUACACAGGGAUGGGUAGGUUUCGAAUCGAUUUAUAGUUUAUUUAUUUAAAAAUCGAUGCUUUUUCGUUAUCACAGCUCUUCGAGAAGAAGUAUAACAAAAAGAAACCUCAAAUUUCAGACCAAAUCCAUCACUGGUACAGGAAGCUCAUCUUUGAGGAAAAUGUCACCGAAGUUGAGGUAAAGUCUUUCUGACCGAUUUAUUGAAUUUUCGAUUUAUUUUUCAGUACCAACAGUACAUGACGAUGUCAACGGAACUGUCGGAAGCUAAUGCCGAUGGCUUCGUCAAUUUGAACCUCCUCCAGCUCAAAAUUACGCUUCGUGUUGUUCUCGUGAGUUUUUUCAAGGAAAUGGAUCAUCUUUUCAAAGGCAAAGAAAAACUACAUUGGAUCGUGAUGGAUUCAAAGCUUUUUGGGACAAAAAGAAUCUUUAAAAAAAUAUUUUCGAUUCAAUAAUGAAAAAGUCUUUCGAAAAAUCCGCUAAAAAUGGAGGUCUUUUCAGUUUUCCAAGUUUGAAAAUUGAAAAUAUUCUAGGAAAGUUCCGAUGGCGAUUCUGCAACUGCUACCUGAGCAUACUUAAAAAUAUCGCCAAACAAAAAAUUAGUAAAUGGGCGCUGUAAUAUUUGAGUGAAACUACGCACUGCCAAAUGUAAAACAAGCUCAAUUCAGCCCAAAAUCUCCGUUAUAUUAAAGGCGCAUACGCAGAGAAAAGCCGCGCGCAUUGAAGCGAAAAUUCUUGUAAGAGUUCUGUAGCUCAGAGCUCGAAAUCUCGAAAAACUGGCAUGGGAUGGGCUAUAUCUAUCAACCAAAAUUCCUUCAAUGAUAAUUUUUCAGAACGAAAACCAUUACUUUAUGGUGGAGAACAUGCAAAUGACGGAUAUCCAACCGAGUUAG